AAUUUUUUCACUUUUUUUCUUCAUUCCAAAUACAACAUUUUCCACCUCUUCUCAAAUCAUUCUAAUCAAUCUUUUUCUUUUUCACUUCAAGUUUCUGAUUCAUGGCUUCUGAAGCUGAAAUUUCUGAACUUUCAUCUCUUUUUGAAAGAAUGAUCAGUAACAGAGACAUGUCUCUGUUUUUACCCUUCAUCUUUGGUCUUUCAGAAUCUUCAUCAAUUUCAAGAAACAACAACGACCCAGAUCAAGAAUCUGAGAGUAACGAUGAUUCCAACCGUCAAAGAAUAAUCUUGGUGAAUCCCUUAACACAACGUAUGAUUGUGAUUGAAGGAGUUUCAAGUCUUGAAGGUUUGUUAAAUCAAGUUGGGAGUAGCAAGAAUGGUCAACCACCAGCUUCAAAGGAGUCAAUUGAAGCUAUGGAGAAAGUUGAAAUUGGAGAAGGUGAUGUUGGUAGUGAGUGUGUUGUUUGUUUGGAGGAAUUUGAGGUUGGUAGGGUUGUUAAAGAGAUGCCUUGUAAACAUAGGUUUCAUGGUGAUUGUAUUGAGAAGUGGUUAGGGCUUCAUGGGUCUUGUCCUGUUUGUAGGUAUCAAAUGCCUGUUGAUGAGAAAGGUGAUGGAAACAAAAGUGAUGGAGAAGAAGAAGGUGGAGAGAGAAGAAGGGUUGGUGGUGGUGGCAAUGGUACUAAUGGUAAUGGUGGUGGUGAAGUUUGGGUUAGUUUUUCUCUUAAUAGGAGGAGUAGGGAAAAUCAAGAUCAAAAUCAAAAUCAAGCUACUUCUGGUGAUGAUGAUGCUGAGGUUGAGAAUUAAUUUAGGUUUUUGUUUUGUUAGGGUUUUGCUUUUCAAUUUGUUGAAUGAUAUGUAUAGGCUCAAAUGCACAAAAGUGUUCUUAUAUGUGGUAAUAAAUAAUGAUUUUUUUGA